AUGGCUAAAAAGCAAGCCACACGCCUGAUGCUUCUUGCAGGGCUAUUUUCCGCAGGGAUCCUCGUCCUUAGACUUCUAUCCAACCAUCUUGAUUUGCAAACGAUCUUUAUGACCACGCGUCACUCUGCGGUUGCCCCAUAUGAACAGUCACAGAGCUAUCCUGGAGAAUCCAAGACAGCUUGCUCAGGCGUUCCCGGCAGCGAAGCUUGGUCUCACUGCUGGGAUGGACAACCUGCAGACGAGGACGGAAGAGGUCCUAAACACGAAGGAGACAUUUCUCGAACGCACCAUAUCUUAUACUCGGUAUCGAGUUCCGAUCGGGAGUAUUUUAAAAUCGAUUUUGGGAGAAGAUCCGUGAUAAAUCCCAAUAUCAUACCUCAUCCUGAAUUACCUGACACCUGGAUCGUCACUGCACAACUUCAUAACCCUCCUGCGGCUCGAAUGGCAUCAGUCUGGUUUGCUGAAUUAGUCUGCAAUGCGGCAUUCUCGGAAGAUAAGCGAGUUCUGAGCUGUCUGGAACCACCACUGCAAUUGCCUCUACCAGCCACGUUUGGUGACUCCAGCAAGUGCACCGGCGACAUUUCACACUUUAGUCUCAACGUUGGGCCUCAUGAUGCGAGGGUAUUCUACGGUCCCAAGAUUCCGUACACCAUUUAUGGCUCCAAUUCGUUCUUUACCUGCUUUGGGCAAUGGAUCUCCGAUUUUCGAAUCUUGGUGGACUGGGGCAUAGACACGAUACAUGAACACGAGUUCCGCCAGUAUCGUGAGCUCCAGCGCCCAUUGCCAUGGAAUGCUGUCGAGAAGAAUUGGUUUCUUUUCUGGGACGACCUUGGACAAAUGUUCAUACACCAUGAUAUUGCACCGGAGCGAGUGUUUGCGAAACUCGAGACCGAUGGCUCCGUUGGGCCAAACUUGGCUCUGGCGACCGCGACUUCUGACCAAGCGUGUCUUGACAGAUUCUUGCCUCAGAGUACAAGCCCAACAGCGAGCAUCCAUCAAGCCACAAACUCAUUAGCUAUCACUCUAUGUGCACGAUCUGACCACUCUUGCCAACCUGAUACGAACAAUACCUUUGUGCUCUUUAUCAUCCAACAAAAGACAUUACACGCUCUUCACCCUGUAUAUGAGCCAUAUGUCGUACUUACGCGGCGUACUACGCCAUACGAAAUUCAUGCAAUCUCGGCAAAACCAAUUUGGAUUUUUGGUCGCAGAACUGGUCCGAAAGAGUCAGAUUCAUCUUCAACAUCAUUCUCGGAAGACUCCGAGAUGCUCUAUAUGACUAGCAUCAGCUGGAAAGGCCGAGGUCAGAAGUAUCAUGGGUACAUUGAUGACAUAUUAUUCCUGGCAUUUGGGAGGGAGGACUCGGCCGCUUGCGGUAUCGACGUUACCGCGAGAGACCUCUUAGCAGAGCUGGGACUUCUAGUGGCUUGCAAGUCUCGUGUUAUAGUUGCCUUUGAGAGGAAUACGACCUUGUUACGAUGUAUAAUAUUUAGAUGUGCUUCGAUAUUGGGAGUUCAGUCCACCACCGAGCAAUCCACUAGCGAUCCACGGAAGUGGCCUGCACUUUCACAUGAUUUUUGCCACCAUAUUGUCUAA